CGGGACUCCCUCUUUAUCGCGCUGCUGCCAUGCAGCGGUCCGUCAGUGUGCCAGCAGUCCGCGCAGAGCGCAGAGCGCAGCGCCACGCUUAACCGAAACAGACCGUCUGUCACACGCACACACAUACAGAGAGAGGGAGAGAGGAGCUCCACACCUUUACAGGAUUUGAAAAACAACAAGAGUGGAUAAACUGAGCGAACAAGGGGUCCACGCAGGUGAGGUGAGGACAAGGACACGAUCUGCAUCUGCAUCUACAUCUGCCCCCAUCUGUCCGUCAACGAACCAAGUGCCUUGGUGCCGGCCACCCUCAGGUCAUCUGAACCGCGACGGGCGCCAAACAAUAAAAGUCUUGACCCAGCGUCCCUCAAACGGCCUGCACAAAGCAAAUAUUUGAGGCCCAAUCAUAUCUAUUUUCUCCAGGCAGCCGUCACUGAAAAGAUCAACAGCGAAGGGUGUUGUUGGGAGACAUAAAGAGAGAGAAGAAAAAGCGGGGGAGGAAAAAGUAACCCUUUCAAAGUGCACCCUGCCUGCUAUUUCUGCUGCACUGUGGGCAGGGAGCGUCUCAUUUGGGAGUGCUUUUGGCUGACAAAAAAAGGACUUCCCUGUGCCCUGCCUGACUAUCCAAAUGCCUGUAUAAAUACUGGAUAGAGAUAUCAAUUUGUAUGGCUUUAACAUUGCCCAACAAAGACACUGUAAGCUAUCUAUAGACAACGUUACAACAAACUUGGACUCUGUGGUCUCCUGAAUUGCUACCUAUCUAUUGCCCCUCAACGAAGAUUCAAGAGCUGUGAGAACAGGAAUGAGAGCUGGCACAGUUUUCUACACUUAGAAACUUUUACGCACACUCUCUAAAAGUUUGAAACAUUCACAGGGCCAACAACUGCUCUCUGGGGGACGCCAGAAUCUGUCAGUCAUUGGAGGACUGCAGUUUUGAUGUCUUUCCCAGCUCUGUGAAUCAACAUGAAGCCCCUAACACCAGCUGGAUCCCCCUCUCCUCUGAGGCUCCUCAAUAAGGGUCCAGACUACCUGCGCAGGCAGAUUGAUGGUGGAGGUCAUGGCCGCUCAAUCAGCGCAGUGGAGAGGCUUGAGGCAGACAAAGCCAAGUAUGUUAAGAGCCAGCAGGUGAUCAACACCAAACAAGAGCCUGUACUGGUGCCAUGUGCUACCCCACCACCACAGCCCCGGCGAGCUAUUUCCAUCCCCGGUAACCUCACGCCUUAUCUUCCCCCACGACGUUCAUCCAACACUCCUUUCUCUACACUCUCUGGCUCCUUCACCUCAAGAGACGAAAAUGAAAAUGAUGACUCCAGGAAGGAGAACAGACGGACUUCUGUUGACGUUGAGGCGCAUAACAGGAGCAAUGUGAACAAUGUGAUGCCUCCCAACCCCAGGACGCCUGGAAAUAACACCUUGGUAGCUCCACACAGUGCCCCUGUGCUCAGAAGAAGUACAGGCAAACGCAUGAUGAGGCCGGACUCCCUCGUCAUUUACAGGCAGAAGAAAGAGUGCAAGAGCCCCAGUGGUGCAGCAGUGGGAGAGAACAAUAACAUGGAGGUGAAGGGCUACAGUUUUGUCCGUCGCCUCUUCCAGGGCUCCAUGAGGGAGAAGAGUAGCGGAGGGGACAGCAGAAUACAGAAGAUGGUGAUCGGUGAAGAGAAAGCACCAUCACGGGAUGGAGACUCUCGCAUGUCUUGGACCAAUGAUAAAGACACGACGGAUGGUGGACCAGGGAGCAGGAGGUCCAGUAAAACCGACCAAGAACGCAGCCCAGGGUCUCUACCUAGCCCUGGGAUUACUUCUACGCUUGAACGGACUAAGAAUGGAUUUACAAAUGGUACCAGUGAUGGAGUUAUCACCAAUGGCAACCACUCAAGUAACCAUGAUGAUGAGAAUGACCCAUGGAAGCGGGCGUCACCCCAACCUGCACCCAGAAAGCGCUUUGGGGAGUUGUGGCGCUCCAAGUCAGACCUGCGCCUACGCUGCUCAGUAGCGUUAUCAGAGCAGGAGCAUUUCUUUGACUUCUGCGGGCUGGACAUAGACAUGAUAGAGCGUCUUGGUCGAGAGAAUUUCCUCUCUGGUGCCAGCUCCAUAGACACACUGUCAUUGGCCCUGCGCAGUGUAGGUGGAGACGGUUGCGACGGCUCUGAGCCCAGUGAGUUCUCCCGGCACUCUGGAGAUGGGCUGUUUCAGGAGGAGCUGUCUGAGCAGCUUCCCACCGGCGUGUCAAUCAUUGAGAGAAAUGCUCGUGUCAUCAAGUGGCUUUACGGGUGUAAGAACGCUGCUCGAGAGGGACCCAAAGAGUCUACUGUUUAAUACAGGGACGAGAAACUGUGUGCCGUGGAGUGCGGAGAGUUUGAAGGUGUCUUCUCUGCUAAAUCGAAGGGAUCGGUACAUCUUUGCCCAGAGAGAAGGAACUAAAGAGCGAACUCACCUGGUGUAGCAUUUACCUUUACCCCUUGUGCAGAAAUGUGCUGCUGAAAUGCACCAAGCAUUGAAUCAUAUGGGCUGUAAUUAAUUAGCAGCAUUGCUGCAAUGCAUCAGAGAAGGAAAAUUAGGACUUGGUUCUAUUUUUGAGAUGCAAGCAGCAACAGGUUUCUAACCAGGGUUUGUUUCAGCUGCAAAUGUCUGCACAUAGGGUUAUCUUUCCAUGGCACAUGAAUACCUUUAGUCCCUCGCUCUCCCCAACUCCAAAGAGACUGUUUCUUCAAAUGAGAGGACAACAACUGCUACUAGUUAUCUCUUGUCAAAUUGAUAUAUUGUAUUUAUAGAUCCUAUGGAAGUAUUGUGUGGGUGUACGCAGAUCUCACUGGCAAACUGAACUAUUUCUCCCAGCAAAAUGUUUUGUGUGUGUGUGUGAGUGUGUGUGGCUGUGUUUAGAGCGGACAUUGCUUGUCCUCUCCAUUUGUAGCUUCUUCUCAGUUACUGAGCAAACCGGAUUCAGAACUGAACUGAAAUCAGCUCCUGUGACCCAUCACGAGGCACAUAAGUGUAUGUUAGUCAUGUCACGGUGGACGCGGUUUAGUGUCCUAGACACCAACACUCUCCUUUAAUGACUAAAUUAAAAUGGAAAACCACUAAGCUAUAUAUUUUUUUUUCUUAA